AUGUCGCACAAAGCCAACGCGCCCAAAAUGAACUCGAUCGCCGAGCUCCCCCCGUCCGAAGCAAAAUGGGUCGAGCUCAAGAAGAUCAACUGGACGGACCAGGCCGGACGCGAGCGCGUCUGGGAAGUCGCAGCCCGGAAAACGCGAGGCAGGUCCGGCGUCGACGCCGUCGCAAUGGCCACAAUCAUUCUGCACCCCUCGCGGCCCCCUUCCACCAUCCUUGUCCUGCAAUACCGGCCUCCCGUCGACGCGACAACCGUCGAGUUCCCUGCGGGUCUCAUCGACGCCGACGAGUCCCCCGAGGCGGCUGCGGUACGGGAACUCAGGGAAGAGACGGGAUACACGGGCCGCGUGUUGGACAUCAGCCCGACGAUUGCGAAUGAUCCUGGGAUGAGCACCGCGAACAUGCAGCUUGUGGUGGUGGAAGUCAGGCUCAGCGAGGGUGACGAGGAGCCGGAGCAGCAUCUUGACUCUGGAGAGCACAUACAGCGUGUAGUUGUGCCGUUAGACGAGCUGUACGAGAAGCUGUUGUCUUAUUCGAGACAAGAGCGGACAAUAGUAUCGGCGAAGUUGUUCCAUUGGGCCGCGGGCUUACAUUUUGCAAAGAAGCAACUACUGCAGCUAUGA